CUGAGCAUCAUCUCACGUUUGUCAAGAUAUUCUUGCUUAAUUCUCCACACAGAAAUUAUUAUUCUGCAUUUUGCUGGCUUUUUGGUAGAUCUCACAAUAUCUACGAGGUUAUCUCCGAGACUUGUCUGUUGGUGGAAAGUGAAGAUAAGCGAAGAACUCAGACAGAGACCAACAAGCACCUCGGAAAACUUGUCCAGAAAUUUCACAAAUUUUAAACACUUCCACCAAGAAAAUGAGAGCAGAACGGCGCAAGUGAAGAAAGCUGAGUAUCGGUUGAAAAUUGUGGAGAAGCUUGAAACGCAGGAUUCGAGGAGGGAAAGAUUUUUUUUACUCGAGAAGCGACUGCAUCACGAAAAUUUGAAGAAAGAGUCGUUGAGAAAGAGGUCCAUCGUUGCUGGCGCUGAAACUUACGAGCAGAACGAGACGUUGCCGUUGGACGGGAUGGAGGUCAACCGGAAGUUGCUCGGAGGACAGAAAGCGUUCCUCUCCACCACGGAGAAAGGGGAAAGUUUUCAAGAGGAGGGACACCUUCCUCCUCACUCCCUUCAACCGCACCCAACAGCACGUGACGAUAACCACGUGCAGUUGCCUUCAGCCAAGAAAAUACCGCAACUUGGGAGAAAUCGUGGUGAUCACGUGGUGGACAAAAUCUUCUCAUGCAAAAUAUGCCUUCGUCCCUUCACCAACGGAACCUCUGCUCGCUUCCACGUCCGCACCCACCUCAACCCCCAAGAGCUGGAGCAGUCCUCAUUUUUCCAUGAGAAAUGCCCCCACUGCGAAAAAGUGUUCUUCGAUCGUCAGCACUUUACCGGCCACUUGGCUGCGCACGAAGGUCGGAAGGACCACGCCUGCCCCACCUGCAAGCAGAAAUUCACCUUCAAAGCAAAUUUGACCGCGCAUCUCUUCGUCCACCUGAGCCGGCAGGGCUGGCGACACGUCUGCUACUUCUGCACCAAACGCUUCAAAAGUCAAUCCCAUCUCGGUCGUCAUCUUAUCGGCCACACGAAGGAAAAAGUGGGCGGAAGGUGUCACACUUGUCGAAAAAGCUUCGUCUCCAAAUAUUCCCUGACCAGCCAUCGUUUCGCCCACCUCUCCGAAGACGAGAAGGUCGCCCUCGUGAAGCAGGGUUCGAGUCGCGUGUGCCUCUUCUGUCAGAAGAAAAUCCCCGAUAACCGUACUUAUCAAGUCCACCUUGUCUCCCACACGGGGGAGAAACCUUUCCGUUGCGACCAGUGUGGGGCGCUGUUCGGUCGUAAUGGUGCCUUAAAAUUGCACAAGCGCCUUCAUACUUCUAACCCAAAGCCGUUUGAAUGUGUCGAAUGUGGUCAGGCCUUCACGCGAAAAUAUCAUCUGACCGGACAUAAGAAGCUAGUUCACCGGAAGUUGAAGGACUUCGCGUGCCCCGAGUGCCCCAAGAAGUUCGGGACGAAGGGUAAUAUGGUGAAACACGUGAACGGUGUUCACUUCAAAGAACGGCACCCUUGCCCCCACUGCGGGCACACAUUCACGCAGAAAGGCAACCUUGAGAGGCAUUUGAAGAAGCUUCAUCCAGCAGAACAAAGUCCUUCAGCUGUCCUCGUUAAGCAACGGCAUGUUUCCAUACUUUAGAUUUUCAUAUGUUCCUGCUUUCACGAUUGAUGACAAGAUAAUUAUUUUCAUGUGACUAAUAAAAAUGGAAUAAUUGAGUUACUAAAUUGUAAA